CCACAUGACAGUGGUAAAAAUAACUCCCUUUGACAAUGUGUGAAUGGGUGGUGGGGCAGGAGGAGGAGGGGGAAGGGCCCCCAGCACUACAGAAGGGACACUUGAGGGGAGGGCAGGGAGGAGCUGGCCCCAGAGCUCUGAAGGCAGCUGAGCCCCUCCUCCAGCUCCACCGGUUACACUCUCAUGCACAUCCAGCUCCAGCAGCAGUGAACCUAACCAGACAGAAGAGCUCUCAGAGUGGUUCCGCUGCCGCCCAGAACCUUGUGCAGUGGCCUCAGUGAUGCCUCUUCACUCUGCCUUGAUGACCAGGUGCAUUCCCCUUAUGCCCAGUCCUCGGGGGUUUCUCUGAGUUCCUGCCCCCAUGUCCUAGCCUUCAUGGCGUGUAUGGCGGCAGCUGGCCUGCAGCGGCCACGGCGGGUGAGCAUGCAGGAGCACAUGGCCAUCGAUGUGAGCCCAGGCCCCAUCCGACCCAUCCACCUCAUUUCUGACUAUUUCCCACACUUCUACCCCUUUGCUGAGCCCACCCUGCGCACCCCGGACCUGCGCCCUGCAGCAGCCCCAGCCAUCCGUACUGCACCCCAGCUGCAGCCCGACCCAGAGCCAGAGGAAGACUCAGACGACAGCACUGUUCUGGGCACCCUUGAAUUCACGCUGCUUUUCGAUGCGGACAACAGUGCCCUGCACUGCACAGCCCAUCGCGCCAAGGGCCUCAAGCCACCAGCCUCAGGCUCCGUGGACACCUAUGUCAAAGCCAAUCUGCUGCCUGGGGCCAGCAAGGCCAGCCAGCUUCGGACACGCACUGUUCGGGGCACAAGGGGACCUGUCUGGGAGGAGACACUCACCUAUCAUGGCUUUACCCACCAGGACGCUGGGCGCAAGACCCUGAGGCUGUGCGUGUGUGAGGACCCACGGCUGCGGCGACGGCGGCGGGCACCUCCCCUGGGAGAGCUGAGGGUGCCCCUGAGGAAGCUGGUGCCCAACCGAGCCAGGAGCUUUGAUGUCUGUCUAGAGAAGCGGAGGCUGAACAAGAGACCCAAGAGCCUGGACACAGCUCGCGGCAUGUCCCUAUAUGAGGAAGUGGAGGCAGAGGUGGCUGGGGAGGAACGUGGGCGCAUCCUGCUGUCCCUGUGCUACAGCUCUCAGCGGGGUGGCCUGUUGGUGGGUGUGCUUCGCUGCGCCCACCUGGCCCCCAUGGACGCCAAUGGCUACUCAGACCCCUUUGUCCGCCUUUUCCUGCACCCAAAUACGGGGAAGAAAUCUAAAUAUAAGACCAGUGUUCGCAAGAAGACCCUAAACCCAGAGUUCAAUGAGGAAUUCUUCUAUGCAGGCCUGAGGGAGGAGCUGGCCCAGAAGACGCUGCUGGUGUCUGUGUGGGACUACGACCUGGGCACGGCUGAUGACUUCAUCGGAGGGGUACAGCUAAGCAGCCAGGCCAGCGGGGAGCGGCUGCGACACUGGUGUGAGUCUCUGGGCCACACUGACCACCGGCUGGAGAUGUGGCACCUGCUGGACAGUGCACCCCUCCAGUUCAGCCACUAGCCCUGGAUGAACCCACCCAAAGCUGCCCAUGUCACCCACAUGGAGCCAAAGCAGCCUGGGGGCUGCCUUACCCCCAUGCCCAGUCCUUAGUCAGAGAGCUGCUGCUUCUCUCCCCUCCUUUUGAGUCCAUCCCACCUCAAAUGAUGAAGCCAAAAUAAACAUCUCCUUCAAGUCAGACCAGAGCCUAGCCUUUCUCUGGCCAUGAGCCACGCCCUUUGCCCAUGGUCUCACAGGGUAGACUGGGUCCCAUUUUCCUGUCUCCCAUCCUCCCAAGGCUGGGAUGAGGCCCAGGUCAAGCUAGGGGUCAGGAAAAGUCCUAGGCCCAGCCCUCACACCCCAUGCUGUUUCCUACACUGAGGCAUGGUGCUCAGGAUGAUCUAGGACUGAUACACUGCGGCCAAGGUGUGGAGUCACAGC